AUGGUUUCAGAGGAGCUAUUAGAGAACUGCUUGGAUCUCCUGCAGGACCAGGCCCUCGAUGAAGAAGAGCAGGUUGAAAAAGUGGAGGAUUAUUUGCGCGCCAACACCUCACUCACCGGUUCAUCGCUGGAGAAUGCGGUGCUGGACAUAUUAUGGCGGCAUCGCAAUCGCACCCUUCCAGAUUCGUCUCCCCCGCCCCCUCGCCAUACCGUGAUUCGCCGAUCAUCACCAGCACCAUGGCAGAUGCGAUCAUCAACUCCUCUCUCCCCGUCAAAUAAUACCCUUGGGACCAGUCCUGGGAGUACCUCGUGGGUGCAGGGCUCCCGCGGGGCAUUCGCCCGCCCUCCGCUUUCCUCCACCGUGUCUCCGUUUACCUCCCCGCGACCAUCUCCUCGACUCGCCUUGGCGCAACCGAUCCCGCACUCCCCAAAUUUAAAUGCCUAUGAGUUCUCAGAUCAAAGCCAACUUUCCGACUUCUAUGGCGAUUUCGGUAGUGAUACCAACGUUGACUGGUUGGUAGGAGACGAUGCAAAUAGCGUCACUUCGUCUUCUGGUGGCUUCAGUUUCCAGGCAUCGCUAAGUGCAACCGCGGCUGAGUUUGUGCCAGAUAUGAGUCCACAUGAUAUAUUGCGCACAGUUCUAGGCGAUAAGCGAUCAAACGACGAGAUCGAGGCCGCCCUGGAAGCAAAUAGCUAUGACCUCGGCGCAACCAUCGCCGCGCUUUCGCAAGAUACAGUAGCAGAUGUAUUUGCAAAGCAACAUGAUGAUGGCCGUGUGCUGGUGGGCAAGUCGAUGGUAAUGGAAAAAAGUCGUCCUAUCACUCCGUCUGGGCUUGAGCGAAGCCCCGUCGUGUGCAAAUAUUGGCUGUCUACGGGGCAAUGUCUCCGUGCAGACUGCCGUUUCAGUCAUGACUUAACCAGCCAUCUAUGCAAAUACUGGGUUAUGGGUAACUGCUUGGCUGGUGACGGAUGUCCGUUUUCGCAUGAUCCCUCGGCACUUGUUUCCACCCUGAGUGUCUCAGGCAGCAGUCGACCAACUUCGCCACCUGCCGGAUCACCUUUCCAAGUAGACAGUGGAUCUGAUGCGUUCCCACCCUUACAGGCAUCGAGUUCAGAAGAGCAAUGGGCUUAUCAGUAUGGUGGUCGAUACCCCGCCUCUCAUAUUUCCGGCUAUCAGGGAAACAAGAAUAUCCCACCCGGUCUUCACCCAGGCAUGGGAAGAAGAAACGGCAGCAUGACACAUUUGGGAAGACCAAAUUCCCGCCCAAGUAGCCGGCACCAAAACCGAGAGCUGAAUCCCACUGCCCUGUCGGUAGACGACCCAGAUGCAUUCCCGACCCUUGCAGCGGUCAAUGCAAAGAACGCAGGAAAGAAACAUCAUGGCAAGCGAGGUGCCCACAACCGCGAAACAAAUUUGGGAAAAGAAAACAUCCCAUCCUCAUUGGCAGACGUCGUUCGCAUGUCUCCAUCACCUUCCCCUGGCAAGGGUAAGACCUCCAAGAGCAAUAAAGAUAUAAAGAGCCGUGAAAACAGCGCAGCAGCCCAAUCUAUUCCAGCGCCGCAGAAUAUCCCUUGGCUCGAGACUGGUGCACGAGCAAAUCAACAAUACAUUCAAUAUCGCACAGAAGCAAUUCGCCAUGGAACCGUACGCAACAAGUUCCUACAAAGUGCCGCUCAAGCGUGGAAUCGCAAUGAUGCCCGAGCUGCCAAAGCUUUAUCUUUACGCGGCCAAUCAGAAAACGACGCCAUGCGCCGCUGCCACAGAGAAGCUGCACGCCAGCUAUAUGAGGCACGCAAUCAACACCUAAACCAGGCGGGCCUGGACGAGACCUCCGAGGAACUCUACGUUGAUCUACACGGCCUCCACCCAGAAGAAGCAAUCGAAUACCUUGAAAAGAUCCUCUUGAAACAUGCACGCGAGGGUCUCCGGGUCGUCUACGCAAUCACCGGCACCGGCCAUCACUCCAAGAACGGCAAAGAUAAGAUCGGCAAAGCCGUCAAGGCCUGGCUCAAUGAAUGGAGGUACCUGUUCCGAGAGUUCAGUGUGCCUGGCGAGCGGGGUGGUUAUGUUGGCGGCAUUCUUGGCAUUGAUCCAACGAGCUAUGACAAGUCAAUUGUCAGAACCUUGGCGGAGGACGAGGCGGCCGGGGAGGAUGCUGGACAGCCUAAUCUCGUCAUGGGAAAGAUUCAACUUCUGAAACGGGAGAAUAUAGAAACGACAUCCCAAUAA